GGACAGGAGGACACAGGCUGGAGUUUUGACAGAUGUCCGCCGCAGUAGAGGAAGCAGCCCAAACCUAAAGAGGGCGGGGUUAAAGGGAAAAAAAAACAAGGAAUUUCCUGGUGAGCUACGACAACACAGGAAGAUGAAUGUGGGCGUAGCUCACAGUGAGGUGAACCCCAACACGAGGGUGAUGAACAGCAGAGGAAUAUGGCUCACCUAUCUGCUGCUGACCGUCGUGUUGCACAUCGUCUUGCUCAGCAUUCCUUUCUUCACUGUGCCACUCGUCUGGACUCUUACCAACGUCAUCCACAACCUGGUGAUGUACCUGUUUCUACACACAGUGAAGGGCACUCCCUUUGAGACACCAGACCAAGGCAAAGCUCGUCUGCUCACACACUGGGAACAGAUGGACUAUGGUGUCCAGUUCACAUCUUCACGCAAAUUCCUCACUAUCUCACCAAUUGUUCUGUAUAUUCUUGCCAGUUUCUACACAAAAUAUGAUCCCACACAUUUCCUAAUCAACACAAGCUCCCUCCUUAGUGUCCUCCUCCCAAAGUUGCCUCAGUUUCAUGGAGUACGGAUAUUUGGGAUCAACAAAUACUGACAGAAGUGACUAAACACUGGACUUCUAGUUUUUCUGUUUCUGCUGAACUAUUUUAUGUUUAGAGGUUAAGGAGAAGAGAACCAGCUGGAUGUGUCUUAAAUGUACAGACUGUGUAGCGUAAUAUAUGAGUUGCAGUUUGUGCUGUCUGUGGGGGAAAACAUGCACUGCUGCGCGCAUAACUUUUUUCCCUUUACUGACAUUCCCAACUGCACUGCUUUCAAAUGUAAUGUUUGUUCAUUAUUUUUAAAACUUCACCCUCAGACCAAAUUGCACUGCCUGCAUUCCUGUAAAACUGUCUGGUUGUUGCCAUAAAUGUGAAUGAAUUCAUCACAAAUUCAUUGUGGUUCACGUUCUGACAACACUUUUUACAUUUUCUUUCAUGCUUUUUUACCUCGAUUCAACAUGAAGGAUUUACAUGCAGCAUACAUGUACACGCCCGUAAUAAACACAGAAGUCUUUUUUUUGCUAUGAUACACAUAAUCAUGUAAUUUAACAUUUCAAAAAUUUUCCCGCUUAUAAAAUGAGCAGUGAGAGCUACAUGGUGUGCACA